CGCUUUGUCACCAGCCCACCUCGUGCCCCGGCCGCCACAAACCCUCCAGCUUGCUCCUUUUUACGCUGCUGUGGUGGCUCUUGAUGCACACGUGGGCCGAUCAGCUGGUGGUGAUCACAUGGACGGGGAGAUGGUGGCGGUGGCAGUGGUGCUGUGUGGCUGGUGUCGGUGAUGUUAUUGUAUAUUUGUUUCUCCGCGCAAGAUAAACCAGGAAAAAAGUGAAAAUUUUCCAAGUGAAAUAAUUGUUGAUCAUGCUGAAGUAAACCUAAAGUUGAAAAAUAAAGCUUUACCUGAUUAAGGAAAAGGAGAAAAGAUAAAGAGGACAUAAAAGACUUGAAAUGUUGUGAAGUGAAAAUGUUCAUCAAGAAGUAAAGGUCUGUUGUGCAUAAUUGUGUGAGGACCACCAAGCAUUCAGGGCCAUCAUGGAUCUCAGUGUCAGACGUGAUGAAGAGGAAGAAGAGGGAAGUGAGAAGUGUCCUGUGAACAAUGGUACUGUGACCCCUGGGGAGGAGGUGGUGGUGGAGCAGGAGGAGCAGGGGGCCACCACCCAGUCCAGGGAGGGGGAGGGGGAGGAGACAGAGGGUGCUGGGGCAGUCAUAGAUCUCUCAGCUGCUGUUCCAGCUUCCAACAAGAGACUCAGAGAAGGUGAUGAAACAUCUGAGGCAUCAGGGGACUGUGAGGCCCCGCCUGCAUCCCGCCCCAGGCUGGCCACCACUCCGGAGGCCAACAACACUGCCAACCACAUUGAGAACCACCAGACCCCGGCAGAUGACACCCCAAAGGUCAACGGGAUGAGCAACGGCUACGAGAGUGACAGCAAUGGCACAAAUGACGUGAACGACAAUGAGGUGGAGGAAGAGAUGCCCCCGAUUCCCCCCAUGAAGGAGCUGACCCCAGAGGAGCUGGCGGAGAAGAUGAAGCUUGUCCACCGACUGCAGGUAGAGCUUCGCAAUGAGGAGAUGAAGCUGGUACUCCUCAAGAAGGUCAGGCAGUCCCAGGUGAUGAAGGAGAAUGUGAGUACUACUGCCAAUGACACAAAGACUGCACUCAACAAACUUCCCUCUAACACAACGGCUACCAAGCUGGUCCCCUCACAGCCUCCCCCAGUCAUCAAGCAAAAUUUGAGUGCCAAGGCCUCCUCCUCUGCCAUCCCAGCACACAUCAAGGUGUCACAGGAAUAUAAACAGCAAGUGAAGAACAUGACAUCAGCUGUCACUUCUGAGUCACUGUCUCCUAGUGCUCUGCAAGCACAGAAACACCUUUUGGCAAGAGGUCCUGUAUCAGGGACCACCCUGACCAGUACCGGAGGUGGUAAUGGAUCGGGCAGCUCCAGCAGCAAGUCAAGCAAUGGAGGCAAUGGAGGCAAUUCAUCCAACAUGCUCUCCGGCUUGCCACCUAACUUGAACCUGCCCUUCAACUUGUCACGGGAGGUGGAGAUCAUUCGCAAGGACUCACCUGCGUCCUCUUCCUCUCCCGGCCCCGGCCCCCUGGACUCUCCCUCCCAGGUGUCCAUCUCCAAGGUGCGGACGUCCACCCCUCACUCCUCACACCCAUCAACCGACCGUGCCCUCAUAAAGGUUCGCACAUCACCCUCAUGCCGCCCCUCAGCCAGGCCACUGCUUCUCCACUACCUCUCCUUACCAGUGAGCAACAGCAACAGUAGCAGCAGCAGUAGUAGCAAUACCAGCAGCAGUCGCGUGGAUGACACCCACACCCCUGCCCAGCGCCAGGCAGCUGCUCGACUGGCUCUGAGGAAGCAGCUGGAAAAGACGCUACUCAGGAUUCCACCUCCCAAACCACCUCCUCCAGAGAUGCAUUUCAUCCCCAACCCCAACAAUACUGAAUUCAUCUACCUACUUGGCCUGGAGCAGUGUGUGGAGCACAUCCUGCUGAAUGGCAAGAUGACUGACCCACGGCCUGUGCCCUUCAUCUGUUCCCAGUGUGGCACAGACUUUACCCCUGCAUGGAAGUGGGACAAGGCUUAUCUCAAGUCUAAGAUUAAAGUUGAAAAUGGGCAGGAGGGCAAGGUGGUGUGCGAGCUGUGCGUCACCACCAACCUCAAGCAGGCCCUCAAGCAGGAGCACACCAACCGCCUAAAAGCCGCAUUCGUGAAAGCCCUGCAGCAGGAACAAGAGAUAGAGGCUCGCAUGGCGCAGGUAUGGCCAAAGAAGGAUCAGAGACAUUACCGAAGAGAAGUUGGCAAAUCGUCGCCGAUUCCAAAUGUUUACAACCGAGAGGAUCGCCGCCGCUCAGUCAUGCCAGACUCUACUGACUUCUUGACUGUAGGAGGGAGGGGGUCGUCAUCCUCGGUUGUCAUCUUACCACGUCAGGCUUCACCCCAGCCAGAUAUAUCAAGUGCAUCAGUAUCUAUGACACCCGUGACGGCCUCGCUGCCCUCUCCCUCUGCCCGGCUGCCCUCCAGUGUGUCAGUGACAGCCGUCAAAUCAGAUUAUGGUCACAACUCCAGGAGCUCCAGCCACCGCUCCUCUCCUUCAGUGGCCACGCAGCUCCAGAUGCAGCGGGAGCGUGAGAGACAAAAGGAGAGGGAAAGAGAGAGGGAGAGGGAGAGAGAAAGGGAAAGAGAAAGAGAACGAGAAAGGGAGAGGGAGAGGGAAAGAGAACGUGAAAAGGAGAGGGAGAGAGAACGUGAACGGGAGCGGGAGCGGGAGAGGGAGAGGGAGCGUGAGAAAGAGAGACAGCAGCGGGAGAAGGAACAGAGGGAGAGGGAGCAACGUGAACGGGAACAGAGGGAAAAGGAAAUGUUCUUGCCACCAGGAUUAACCAAGCAACAAAAAGAACAGUACAUGCAAAGCAUGACAGCAGCAGCUGCAAUGGCUGCUGCCAUGUCCAACCCAGCUGCACUGCAACAUCUGCAGGCAGCUCAGCAACAAAUGAUAAGAAUGCAAGGAUUAAGUGCUGCAGCUGCAGCAGCUGCUUCCCAACAAUUACCUGCUCAUAUGCUAGCACCGUAUUUACUUGGGCCAUAUAAUCCAUUUGGUCUAGGCCAGUUGCAGCAGCUUAUGGCUGCCUCAGCAGCUCAGUUAGUCCCAGCCGCUUCCUCUGCUCCCUCACCUUCCAACAGUAGUAAUAGCAGCAGCAGUAGCAGCAGCAAAAGUUUAGCUCAGCAGCAGCAACAAGAGAUAAUGCGUCAGGCUGCAGAGGUCCAUCGACAGUACCUCCUGGACAUGAUCCCCUCGGGCGGCCUGCACAGCCAGCAGUCACACUCCAAAUGGAAGAGCUGAUAGGCAGGCAGGUGAGCAGCCUCUUACCAUCAGCCCCCACCAGUCCCUGCCAGCACUGCUGAUGGGACACUGUUGCUGCUGGUGGACAGUGGGACUAAAGGACCCUUAGUGACAGUGACUCAAGUGUGUUCAGCCUAGCUCUGGCCAGCCCACCUACUGUAGUGCUGUGCCUGGGCCGCAGCUGGGCCGUGCUGCACCUGGGGUUCCUAGUCACUUUAGGAUAAGGAAGCUCUCUGUGAUGUGACCAGUGGGUGAGAGGUCAAGUCGGCUUCGGCCACCCCUCGACCCCAGCACAACCAGCCGUGAUGGUCGCCCAGUAGCAGCAUCCUGCAGUGCCAGUUGGCCAAUCUAGACCAGGAGUCUUGGAGCUGCAGGUACUGAAGUAAAUGCAUCCUCCUGAGACCUAGGACUCAUCAAGAUUACUGACUCCUGGACUGCUGGCAACAGUAGGCAACCUUCCACUGAAUUAUAGUGAAUGACAGUUAUGGUAUUACAUGACCACAUCCCUAAUUUAUUUAUGUUGUCAUUUGUUGUCCAUUAUGGUGCAAGGGAACAUCCUUUCUUCACCAUUAAUCUGUAUUGUUACAUAGUUGUAGGAUUUCGUGAGACAGUGAGCGGAGUGCCCUGCAUGGCGUGUGCUUUAGCUGUCUCCUGGCUGCAUCUAUGGGUCUCGCAUGGUCUAGUUUCAUUAGAGUAAUAGUAACACAAACGGUAAUGCAACAAACAAGGUACUUUCCCUGCACUGAUAAUUUGUUCUUCAUGUGAUAUUUUUUGUUUUGACUUUGGUUCAGCACAAGGGCGGACAGACUCGCACAAAGUGACCAGCGUGCUGAUCUGGACCAGUCUGCUGCUGUUGAGGAGCAGACAUCCUUAUGGUGGGAGUAGAAAGUGUCAUCCAAGCAGGCAGGCAGGCAGUUGUCUGUGAGUGAUGGUGAGGCGAGGCUUAUUCAGGAACCGGGCUCCCCUCCCAGAGUACUUUUAUUUGGUAUUGGACUUAAAAACCACCACCCAUAUUACUUGCCGAAGAGAUGAAUGCCAGUCGGUUAUGUACAGUGUACCAUGUGGUGUAAUGAAUUAUUAAGUUACUUUUUAUCAGAGAUUUGAGUUAAGUACAAAGUCUUAGAAUGCAGCGUAGUCAGAUUGCGAUAUUGGUUAAUUUUCGUUCCACAUUUCGUACAAUGUUUUUGUAAAAGUUUAUAUGCUCUGAUGUAAAAUUUGAACAAGGUUACGAAAAGCCAUUGCUUGGGAUUUUUUUAUAUAAAAACUAUAUAUAUAUACAUAUAUAUUUUUAUUAAAAUAUAUUAGGGGUGUUUGGUUUGUGUACGAGGGCCUGGUGCCUGGCCUCGCUGCUCUCCAGGGGAUUCCAAUUAUCUGUUCAAUUCUUAUAAUUGUCAUCACUCCCGUUUUCAUAGCCAUGGCUGAGUUUCAGAUUCAUGUAGGCUAGUGUUUUCACUUCAUAAGUAAGAUAAUAGGGCCUUUUUCAAUAAAGAAGAUCUGAAAAAUCA